ACUUACAUUUGUGAGAAAAAGAUAUAAAGAUUUAUGAAAAUUUAUACAUUUUUAUCAUUUAUUUUAACCUUUCACGAUAAGUUGCUAACUUCGCUUUCUAUUCGUGCGUAAUGAUGUACAGUUGAAUACAAUGGAAAUACAACACUAUGUGGCAAUUUUUAAAAUUUUAUUCUAACGAUGAUAUAUUAUCUGUUCUUUAAAUGAAUUUUUUUAUUUCCCCUGUUAAAGUGGGUAGCAUAGAUAUUUUGCAAUAAAUUCAUUUGAUCUUAUAUAAAAUAAGAUCUUAAAAAAAAAAAAAUCAUUUUUAACUAUUUAUUGAAAACAGAAUAGUUUAAACUUGUCAUAUAUCAAUGUCAUUGGAAGAUUGGAAGAAAAAAGAAAAAUUAUGUUAUGCUUCACAAGAAAAUAUGAUAAAUACAGUUCAAGAGGAAAUGUUUCCGUAUGUUUCUGAAGAGGUAGAGGUUAGAACAUCUACAGAUAUCGAAGAUGAAGUACAAAACAGAGGCGGUAACGUAAGACCUCUACAACCAUCGGAUAGCUAUAAUGGAGCUAUAAGAGACACUUAUAUUUGGUCUCAGACGAUCACUGACAUAGAUGUACUUGUAAAGCUUCCAAAGUCGCCUUUAAAAGCCAAGGAUCUUCGAGUUAGUAUAGAAACACAAAGAAUAAAGAUUGAAGCGACGCAGAGACACGAAACAUGCAAUAAAAGUACCAAAGAUCCCAAAUGGACUACUAUCUUUGAGGGUGAACUAAUAUUUAAAACGAAGAAAGAUGAGUCUGUAUGGAGUUUAGUAUCUGGAUAUGUCAGUAUACACCUUGAGAAAGUAUCCGAACGAUGGUGGGAUGCCCUUAUUAUGGAAGAACCUAAGAUAGAGCUAAAUAAAAUAGAUUGUUCAAGAAAUCUAGAUGAAAUGGGUUUGACAGAGCAAAUGAAGGUAGAAGAAUUAAUGUGGAAUCAUCAACAAAAACUUCUUGGCAAACCUACGUCAGAUCAAUUGAAAAUGGAAGCAAUUAUGAAGAAAGCAUGGAACGCAAAGGGAUCACCUUUCCAAGGUACAUCGUACGAUCCGUCCAUAAUAAAAUUUAAUUGAAACUAAUUAAAUAUAAAACACAUGCAAGAAGCUUCAUUGUUUUAUAACGUUUGUUAAGAAUUAAAGUUUCCGAAAGGUCAACUUUAUCAUUACUAUAUAAUAUAUUAUGAUUUUCUAAAAGAUUAAACAAGAUUGAGUUUUGUUAAA